ACGUGACUUAAACGUCAGAAAGGCAAGAGUCACGAAAGCUCUUGAAAACAUUUUUUCUUGUAUAUCGCUGCCUAUGCACUCGCGCAGUUGUAAACAGAAAGAUGGAGAGAUAUGCCAUGCACUAUGUCGAAGUAUCGGAUUCUAAACGCAUCAUGCCAGAUCACUCGGCGGGAACCGAGAACCGGUUCGUCCACUGUCCUGUAGUCGGGACUAUUCCUUUCUACGGGUGCUGUAGACCAUGUCGCGAAUGUGAGAAUCAAGAAGUUGCCUGUCGCCGGAUACCGGUGGUUCACCCGAACGAAAUAGUGAAUUUGGCUGCGAAGGAGAGAAGAGUGCAAGCAGAAAUAGAAAAACAAGAACAACGAUCUAUUAGAUGUUCGGUAAUAGUUCAACGACCUCAACUCAGUCAUGAUGCUGUCAACGAUAUUGUAUCGGCAUCGGCAAGCUGUAGAGACACAACAUACGAUGAUCAAGAAAAGGAAAAGAAAAAACCCUGGGGUAACGCUUCCUAUUCCGAUCUGAUAGCGAGAGCUAUCACACAAUCCACCAAGCAGAAGCUAACCCUGCCCCAGAUCUACGAGUGGUUUGUUGACAACGUGUCCUAUUUUCGGGACCGCGAGCAUUUACCUUCAACCAAGGGCUGGAAGCUGAUACGUAUACCAUGUGCCAUUAUACAGAAUGCUAUCCGCCAUACACUCUCUCUGAGGCAGCGCUUUGUACGGACCGUCGAUCCGACUAACCCAUACCGUUCGUGGUGGAGUCUCGCCAGUGAAAAACUACGAAAGGAGAGACGAAUGAAGCCCAGAUGGAAAUCUAGAGGCACACAAACCACGCUUUUAUAAACAGACUCAUAAGGCACUUUAAGGUAGCUCAGCUUAGUUUAGUCGCCCUUCCAGGGGAAUGAGGGGAACUUUACCGAAGAAACGACACUAUGUCUGAGAUAUUUAGGCCGUUUACCAACAAAAUACGACUAGCAUCGUUGGCUAUAGAAGGUAGGAAUAGGGUCUUGGGCUUAUCUUUGAUUGUAUGGAACUUAUAAAGUCGAGCUGAUUUUAUUGAGCCUAGUUUAGAAUUGAGUGAUAAGCAUAAAAGUAUUUUUUGGUAAUGUUCUCCGUUGUUGCUCGUCCCUUCCCCACUUGGCGUUUGGCUUUACGCAAGGUGAUAAGGGGUGAUGAGUGCGGACUCACUGCACUAAAAACAAGACGAAAUUAUAAAAAAAAAGAUAGAUAAAGACACAACCUGUAAUGAGAAAAAGCUAUGAAUAAAAUAAUAUAAAGAUUGCAGUAAACUAAUCCUUAAAAAUAAGUAAAGAAGGUGGCUAUGAUCUGUAAAUACUGGAGUCACUGCAAGAAUUCAUAGAAAUAGAGCAGUUCAUUCAUUUUGUACAACGUUUACACUUGCCAAAAAAACUAAACCUAGUAAAGUAUAGUAAUCUUUUUUUCGGUAGAGGUUUCUGUCAUCAGGUUAUGAUACAAGAAAAAAGGUAUUCUUUUAACUAUCUUAUAUUAAUUCGCAUCAAAUGUGCCCAAUAAAAUAUGAUGUAUUAUCAUAAGGAAGAAAGAUCUACAGCGUUCAUACAAAGAAGGCACUUCUCCAUUUCUCCAUACCAUUUGUAUAAUCUUCACAAGUUUAUUUUUUCUAGCUGUGACAGAUAUUACUUGCUGGUUGAAUAAAAUGUUGAAUAUUUCGAAUAAUAACGAAAUAAAUUUGUUUACCUUCA